AUGACCGUGGACGAAGGUGUCGAUAUCUCGAAGGCAGGAGACCGCGGAGUCCUAAAGAGGAUAAUUAAAGAGGGCGAAGGCACCAGCACCCCUAACGCGGGGUGCCAAGUAACCGUUCAUUACACUGGAACCUUGUUGGAUGGAACAAAAUUCGACUCUAGCAAAGACCGCAAUGAGCCAUUUGAAUUUAAUCUAGGAAAAGACAGUGUAAUAAAGGCAUGGGAAAUUGGUGUGGCGACUAUGAAGAAAGGUGAAGUGUGUGUCUUGACAUGUGCUCCGGAAUAUGCCUAUGGUGCCAAAGGAAGCCUACCAAAGAUUCCACCAAAUUCAACAUUACAGUUUGAGAUUGAAAUGAUUGAUUGGACGGCAGAAGAUUUAAGUCCGAAUAAAAAUAAAAGCAUACUCCGUUACAUAAUAGAGCAAGGUUCAGGUGUAGACAGCCCCAACGAUGGAUCAGUAGUAACAGUGGAACUGGAGGGAAAGUUUGAUAGCAAAGUAUUUGAUACACGUACCGUUACAUUCACAUUGGGUGAAGGGAGCGAACAUAAUGUUUGUGAAGGUAUCGAGAGGGCACUCGAGAAGUUUUUAAAAGAUGAGAAAUCCCACCUAACAAUACAACCAAAGUAUGCCUUCAAAUCUGAAGGAAACAAAGACUUGGGUGUUCCACCCAAUGCAGUGGUAGAAUAUACAGUGAAACUAGUCAGUUUUGAGAAAGCUAAGGAGUCAUGGUCAAUGGAUGGAGAUGAAAAACUGGAACAAGCUAAGAUUGUUAAGGAAAAAGGUACAGAUUACUUCAAGAGCAGCAAGUACCAGCUGGCCAUUAAGAAAUAUAAGAAAGUGGUAUCAUUGCUUGAAGAUAUGCCUGACAACACAUCAGAAUCUGAAGAGGACCAAUCCAAAGCCAAGGAGCUCUUGAUAUCCGCGCACCUCAAUCUAGCGUUGGUAUACUUGAAGGUGACCCCUAUCCACUAUUAUGAGGCCCGAGAUCACGCCUCUAAGGCACUUAAGUUUGACAGCAAGAACGUCAAAGGACUGUUCAGGCGAGGUCAGGCGUUAUUGGGGCUGGGGGAAGCGGAGGGAGCUAUUAAGGACUUCCAGGCGAUCGUGGAAAUGGAACCACAGAAUAAGGCUGCAGCGAACCAAGUGCUGGUGUGUCGCAACACGCUCCAGAAGCAAAAACAACGCGAGAAACAAAUGUAUGCAAACAUGUUUGAUAAGUUUGCCAAGCACGACACGCAGGUAGAAAAACAGCGAGCCAAAGAGGAGGUGGACGUGAUAGGAGAAAAAGUGGGGGAAUGGGGCAAGGGAGAGGGCGAGUGGACCGACGAACAGAGAGACCGGAAGCCCACUGAGUUCGAGAAGGAGAACCCUAAUAUACUUUUGCUGGACAAGGAUGGCCAGUUCGAAAACAUGUGA